CUCACCUUCACCACUACUCUACUACUACUCCCAACUAUCUAUCUCAGGUUCCUAUCGACCAGGGAUACCCUCGGCGAAGGCGUGGACUGCCAUUAAUCUUAUCAUUGCUGGACGGACCAGCAACCUCGCCUAGGCCAAGCCAGCGGAUCACAGUCGCGCUCGAUCCGAAGCCGACCGCGGACUUACCCCUGAAACAGAGACACAAGGCCGCUUGGAGAGGUCUCCGUUCCCGCGCGAGCAAGACCGAAUACAGCCCUGCCUCGGACUAGCUUUGGGAGGCCCGACCUCUGUUGGAAGAGCUGUACCAUUCUGCCGUCCAGAGGUCCCACCCGCAACCCUACAACAACAUGCCAAACAUCUCACUGCCUACGCGCUCACCACUGCUGAGCCCACGGCGAAGCUCGCACAAAGAUGGCCUGCCAUUGCUCCAGAAGUCGUCAUCUGCCUCGUCCACCUCUUUCGAGUCGGCCACCUCGUCAAUGUCGGCCCGGGGCCAGUCCCAAGACGCGACCGGUUCUCCUGUUCCCAAUGGACGAAAGCGGGGUCCUGACUCGCCCACAGCCCACUCCCCGCUCGCGGCUGCAGCCUCUCCCUCGCCGGUAAGCCCACCGGCAGCGGCUAUUGCCAGUGGACAGCAGCUCGCCGACCAGUACCAACUCCUCGAGAAAUUGGGUACGGGCUCUUUCGGCACCGUGUACAAGGGCAUUCACAGAGAGACGGGUACGAUUGUGGCCAUCAAGCAAAUCGACCUCGAGGACUCGGACGACGACAUUUCAGAAAUCCAGAUGGAGAUCGCCCAUCUGGCCCAGUGUGACAGCGACUGGGUGACGCGUUACUACGGAAGCUUUGUCAAGGGGUACAAGCUGUGGAUCAUAAUGGAAUACCUUGCUGGCGGUUCGUGCCUCGACCUGCUCAAGGCCGGACCCUUUUCUGAGGCCCACAUUGCCAUCAUCUGCCGAGAGCUUCUCCUGGGCCUCGACUAUCUGCAUACCGAGGGCAAGAUCCAUCGCGACAUCAAAGCAGCCAAUGUCUUGCUCUCGGCCAGUGGCAAGGUCAAGCUGGCCGAUUUUGGUGUGGCAGCUCAGCUUUCCAAUUACAACUCGCGGCGCAACACGUUUGUUGGCACUCCCUUUUGGAUGGCCCCUGAGGUGAUCCGCCAGGCAGGGUACGACUUCAAGGCCGAUCUCUGGUCCCUCGGCAUUACGGCAAUCGAAAUGGCAAAGGGAGAACCGCCGUUGGCCGAAUACCACCCCAUGCGUGUCCUCUUCCUCAUCCCCAAGGCCAAGUCCCCCGUCCUCGAAGGAAAUUUCUCGACGGCCUUCAAAGAUUUCGUCGACUUGUGCCUCGUCAAGGACCCGAAGAUGCGACCCACGACAAAGGAUCUUUUGCAGCAUCGAUUCAUCAAGUACGCAAGAAAGACGAGCACACUGACGGAGCUGAUCGAGAGGCACCAAGACUGGAAGGCAAGGGGCGCAAAUCGGGGUGGGGCCAUUGUCAAAGAUCACCUGCGCGAGCACGAGCCGUCGGAGUCGAGCACGUUCAACGGGACUGUGCAUUCCGAGUGGCAAUUCGACACAAUGAGGUCUCGGAUGGCUGGCAGCCGACUGUUGGACCAGUCGGCAUCGUCCAUAAAUGUUUGGGAGAGGUCAGGCCGAGGGCCUCCAGAGGAAGGCGAAGAGCGAGCAGGGUAUCAAACGGUCAAGAAGGACCAACGGCCGGUAGGCGAUCUCAUGAAGGCCAUGGAAUCCAACCAGUCGUCGGCAGUCAGAGAUCAAGACGACGAUGCAGCAUCGAUCUCAAGCGACUCUGAUGCAUUCAGCCGAGCCUCUGCCGCCAGCACUCCUGCCACAUCGGCGGCCUCGGGCCCAGCAACACCCAGUGCGGAGGCGCCGAAGCAGACUAGGUCGGAUCAUCUUGAGCCGUCCGUGCACGUCAGUGCGCUCAAGAACACUUUGAGGGACAACAGCAGCCGAAACCUGGCUCCACCUCCUUCAGCGUCAUCUGCUUUGGCCUCCGGCCCAAACACGCCGUCAACACCUACGGCCAAGUCAGCAGGCUCAACAAGACCGAGGCGAUCGUCGUGGAACGAGCGAAAUGACAUCAAUGGUACUGUCUUGCGCGAGAAAGAUGUAGCGUCGGGCAUGGAAACGCUUCGCCCUGUCAAACGGCUUGACAAGAAUGGAUCUGCUCGCAUUAGCGCAGACUUCAUUGGGAGCGGCAGUGUCCGAGGCGAAAACCCAACCCAGUCACUCACUCCUCCUGGCAAAGGGGCUUCUCCGGGCACUGCAGCCCGCGAGAGCGAAGGCCAAGAAAAGAAGAGACACGCUUCGAGCGAGUCCACUAGCGAACAGCGUAGCAAAGGCGUCGGCCUUGUUCGCGAUGUUCUAUUGCCUGUUCUUGAUCGAGCGAAAAAAGAAGACAUGCCCGCGCCUGAGAUUGAGGCGCUCGAAAUGAUCUCCAAGGGCUUUGAGGACCUGGCACAGGCCAAUGGUGACGUCGCAUACAACCUCGUCGUCGAUCUCCUCAUGAAGAUGAACGAUGACGAAGAGGCACGCCAGAACCUCAGUGCUACAUUUAGAACAAAAUACCACCGGCGUCAACCCACAGCCGCUGCACAGGCCCAGGCUCAAGAGGAAGAGGACAGGGCAGCGGCAGAGGCGUACAGAAGUCCAUUGACCGACCUCAUCUACGGAAAGUGGCUCGAAAACUUCAGAAGCCGGUGGAGCUUGGUAUGAUCUUGCUCGCAUUUUGCUCUCCCUCGUCUUUCCCAUCACUGCAAUCGUCGACCUUUCGUCUUUUCGUCCUCUCUUCUUGACAUAAGAUUUUGUUUAUUCGCUCAGUUCAUCGUAUAUCUUUCAUCGUACAACUUGAUGCCCUUCCCUCUGACAUUCUAAUGAAAAUCUAACGACA